AUGGUCGCCAUCGGACGGAUUCUAUCGCGGCCAACAGUGAAGCCGUACAGGACCGCUGACCUGAAGCACGAAGAGCACCCAUACCUCAACGAGAAUGGCCAUGUCGAUUUCAGUCCCGGGGACAUCGAGAACCCGCACAAUUGGUCGACAGCACGACGCUGGUACGUGACCGUCGUUUCGGUCUUGCUGGUGGUCAACGCGACGUUCGCAUCAUCGUCACCGUCUGGCUGCUUUGGUAGUAUAUCCGAAGAGUUUGGAGUGUCUCAGGAAGCUGCUGGCCUGACCAUCACCCUCUUCCUCCUGGGCUACUGCGCCGGACCCCUGGUUUUUGCCCCAUUGUCCGAGGUACGAAACCUGACCCCUUUCGAAUUUUGGGGCAGACGAUGGAUCUUCUACAUCACGUUCCUGCUCUAUCUCGCGUUCAACUUCCUCUGCACGUUCGCCCCCAACUUCGGAAGCCUGCUGGUCGGCCGUUUCCUGACGGGCACCUUCAUCAGCGCCCCCCUUAGUAACGCUCCUGGCGUGCUCGCCGAUCUCUGGGGUCCGGUCGAGCGUGGAAAUGCCAUGGCGGUCUUUUCCUGCAAGGUCUGGGUUGGGCCUGCUCUGGGUCCCGUUGUGGCCGGCUUCCUCGAGAUGACGGAAAAUUGGCGGUGGAGCUUCUACGUCCUGCUCUGGCUCGGCGGAGGCACGGCCAUCAUCAUGUUCACCAUUCCCGAGACUUUCGGCCCCAUGAUCCUCGCGACGAGAGCUCGUCGGAUCCGCAAGGCCAAGAUCCCAGGCUACGAGAAUGUGAAGGCGCCAGUCGAGGACAGCGGCCGCUCAAUAUGGGGUGUCUAUAAGGUGGCUUUGACAAGGCCUGGGAUUUUGCUCUUUGACCUCAUCUCCUUCCUCUGCGCCGUCUACAUGUCGGUCGUUUACUGCCUGCUCUACAUGCUGUUUUCCAUCUACCCCAUCGUCUUUCAGGAAAGACGGGGCUGGGGCCCCGGCGUUGGCGAGCUUCCCUUGAUUGGAACGGCUGCCAAGAAGAUUGAGUCAGGUCAUCCGUUGAAGCCUGAGGACAGACUGACCCUAGCUAUGGUUGGCGGCGUCGGGUUUGCUAUUACCAGUACGUAUGGUCUCUGCUCUUUCGCCUUUGUUUUCCCCUGGGAGCCCCUCACAUUCGCGUGGACCGCCGAGUAUAACUGGAUGCACUGGGCGGUACCGACGGUGGCUGGCGUGUUCCUCGCCAUGUCCCUGAUGCUCAUCUUCGUUGGCUUCCUCAAUUAUCUGGUCGACACCUUUCUGAUGUAUGCUGCCUCGGCGAUAGCGGUCAACACGGUGACUCGCUCAGCAUGUGGAGCGGCUGCUCCGUUAUUCACGAACUACAUGUUCCAAGCACUCGGCAUUGGGGGAGAAGGCUCCUUGAUCGGAGGUGUCGCCGCCGUCCUCGCCAUAAUCCCCUUCACGUUCUAUACGUACGGGGAGGGAAUCCGCAAGCGAUCCAAGUUCGCUCCUACGCAGGACCACCGAGCCGAUGACGAGGAGCAGCAGCGACGAAGCUCCGAAGGGCCAGCUGCAGGCGGGUCUAGCUCUGCGUCGUCGCGCACCGUCGGGGUUGAUGAUGUACCAGAACCGCACGCUGAGAAGCAGCGGGAGGCUGCGGAUGAUGAUCUCCAGAAUGCGUUGGGAGAGUCUAAGGACGAGAAUGUACAUUUUGGUCAGGAAGCUCGCUAG